AUGCCUGGUGGCACGAACCCCCCGUUGAGUGUUAUAGCUUCGUGGCCGCCUCCCAACUAUGUUAAUCCAGAAGGAAGAGGAAGAGUGACGUCCAACAUCGCUUUCGUCCUAACGCCUAUUACCUUUUUUACCGUAUUCUCAAGACUGUGGGUUCGAUUCUAUAUGCAGCGCAAUGCUGGCUGGGAUGACUGGCUCAUGGUUGUUGCUCUUGUAAAUUACCUUUCAUUCCAGGACAUUGUUCAUUCACUUACCGUCUCACAGCCAAUCGUCAUGACUUUGGCUAUUCUUAUCCCAUGGACUGCAGACAAAUAUCACAGCGGAGUGCACAUAUGGGAUGUCGAUCUCACCUUGUUUGAGGUUCAAAGAAAACUCAUCUUGGCCAUAGAGGUCCUAUUUGUCCUCGGCACAGGGCUUGUCAAAGUUUCUAUCCUUCUCUUCUUCCGUCGCCUAGGUUCGCGCGGCACAUCCAAAGCCUUUAGAAUCACCACCUGGGUUGCAAUUGGGUUCCAAGUCGCGUCCACAGUUACUUUCUUCAUAAGUCCGCUUGUUGGAUGCAAGCCCAUCUCGGCUUACUGGGAGCAGUCGAACGUCAUAAACAUAGCGCUAGGAAAGAAAUUCAACUGCAAUGAGGAGGGUGCUGCCAUGGCAGCCGCUGGCGUCAUAUCCACGGUGCAAGACGUAAUCUGUGCUCUACUCCCCAACUUUAUCUACUGGAAAGCUAAAAUCCCAAUUCGACAAAAAGUAGCACUGAUGGCCAUAUUUGCUACUGCUUAUGGAGCAGCUGCGUUUGGGGCUUUGCGAACAUAUGCCACCUACGUUCUUUUCUAUGAAACGUACGAUAUCUCCUGGCAACUCUGGGAAAUUUGGAACUGA